AUGGCCCCAGCCUUGACCGAUCAGAGCACUGUCAUGCUGCGAGGACAUAUCGACCUCCCUACCUUGUUCCACACUCGCAACAAUACAGAAUUUCAGCCGUCCAAGAACAUCAGUCUGUUUAUCUCGAGCGAAAUGGAUGUAUCUCGACUCGAUGAGAUGAUCGACCGAGGCCUCCCUUUGGCAGGCAGGCUGGGAAAUAUCCGGCCGCUGCACCGCCAACGCGUUCUCGGUCGUCGAAUCGUCAUCACGGAGCAAUUGGAUUUGCAUUUACUGUGGAAGGGCGACACUAUGUUCAUAAAGCCCCUGCCGGGCUGGCUCUUGGACGAAGACUUUGUCAAAGCCCACAUCUCCCACUACCGUCAGGCUGAGAGCGCUGCCAACGGCUUUCUAGCCUCGUACGCGCGCUUGAUCAACUACAAGAGCGAUUUCCAACUGGCCAAGGAGGCGCACUUGCUCCCGGAAGGGAUGGAAUGGAAAGAUUGGCAAGCGCUGAGCGAGAGACUCAUUGAAAUUGACCAUCAGAUGCGCGCUGGCAAGAUGCCGUGCUCGCCCAGGUUUGAGUUCGGUGAGCUGCGUCUCAGUCGCAUCAAUAUGAUCUACCGAUUCCACCCUACGUAUCACCUCAGGCAUAUGGUUCGGGGCUACCACUACUCGAACAUGACAUAUCAAUCUUUCCUCCGCCGCAACUUCGCCUGGUUGGUAGUAGUCUUUGCCUAUCUGACCAUCAUCCUCACUGCAAUGCAGGUUGGUCUUGGGACAAGCCAGCUGCGCAACAAUAGGUCCUUCAAUAAUGCUUCAUACGGAUUCGCGGUUUUUGCAAUCGUCCUGCCACUGGUGGCGUUGGGUAUGGGCAUGCUUGUGAGCCUCUUCCUCACCGUUUACCACGUCCGGGUGACAAGAGAGCAUCUGCGGGCAAGGCAUGCGGUAUCAGAUUCGGUGAAAGGGGGUUGUGCGUAG